AAACCCCUGCACUACGGGACCCUUCUGGACAGCAGAGCUUGUGCCCACAUGGCAGCAGCUGCCUGGGCCAGUGGCUUUCUCAAUGCUCUGCUGCAAACAGCCAAUACAUUUUCCCUGUCCCUGUGCCACGGCAAUGCCCUGGGCCAGUUCUUCUGUGAAAUCCCACACAUCCUCAAGCUCUCCUGCUCAAAAUCAUACCUCAGGGAAUUUGGUCCUCUUAUGGGUAGUGCUUUCCUGUUUUUUGGCUGUUUUGUGUUCAUUGUUUUCUCUUAUGUGCAGAUCUUGAGGGCCGUGCUGAGGAUCCCCUCUGAGCAGGGUCGGCUCAAAGCCUUUUCCACCUGCCUCCCUCACCUGGCCGUGGUCUCCUUGUUCAUAAGCACUGGUACAUUUUCCUAUCUGAAGCCCCCCUCCAUGUCCUCCCCAUCCCUGGAUCUGGCCCUGUCAGUUCUGUACUCAGUGUGUGAUCCCAGUUGA